AACUUUUGUACAGUAGAUCAGCUAUAUCCUCACAAGCAAUAUAAAAAUCUGACUCUGAUGUAAGAAGGUUUUACAGAGGCUGUCAUGGGAUCUGUAGAAUAAAUUUGACGGUAUAACAUGACUCCGCGGUAAUUUUUUUAAUGAUGAUUAUCUGAAUUCGAAGGGUCAAAUUUAAUUUGAUGAAAUUCAAAUCCCUGUACUUCAUAUGGUGGUAAGAUUAAUGGGUGAAAAAGGAAAACGUGUUUAGAAUCCUUCAGAAGUUUUAGCAGGAACAUCAAUUUAAACCCUGGAUUGGCAACUGUAGAGAAAAGUUAUUAGCUGGAAGCCUAGAAUUGAGGGAGCUCUGAAAUCUGUAGGCUCUUCCAGUCGUGUAUUGCUUGGGAAUCGCUGAGGCUUGUCGAGUAACUGAAAGAGGAAUGUAGCUGUGGUGAUUUCUUUGUGAAUGCAGUUUUUAUUCGACGAUUAGUCUCGGAAUUUGUAGGCGUUUUUUCCAUUUUUAUUGCGCAUCGACAAGAAAUCGUUUCUGCUCUUUUUCGGAACAGCACAUGUAAUUACAGAGAGGAAAUUAUCGCCGCAAUCAUACGCUUAAAGAUCUUAUGGCCGAGGGGAGAAUAAUGCAUAAAGAUUAGUCAUAGUAUUGAAAUAGAUUGUUAACAGAUUUGUUGAAUAUGUAGAGAAAUUUGCCCAAAUUUUUCGAGGAACACAAGAACUUGCUUUCUGUGCGUUAAUUCUGUGAUUUGAUCAGAAAUGGCAGUCAUUUCUUUGAGUGUAUUGCCAUUGAGUUGUAUACUAGGGUUUGUUCUGCUUAUUUCAAGCGUGUUUGCGGACGUUCCGACUCAGUAUUUUGAUUGGACGGUUUCCUACGCGAAUUUUGCGCCGCUAGGUGUUGAAAAGCAAGUGAUAACCGUCAAUGAUAACUUCCCAGGUCCUGAGCUAGAGACAGUAACAAAUAAUAUUAUCUCUGUAAAUGUUCACAACAAUCUGGAUGAACCAUUUCUUAUAACAUGGAACGGAAUACAACAGCGGCGAAGCUCUUGGCAAGACGGAGUGCUGGGAACAAACUGUCCAAUUCCUCCGGGGCAAAACUGGACAUACACAUUUCAAGCCAAGGACCAGAUCGGCAGCUUCUUCUAUUCCCCUUCUCUGUUCUUGCACAGGAUGGCAGGAGGCUACGGCGGCAUCAGGAUCCACAACCGCGAUGUCAUUGCCGUCCCAUUCCCUCCGCCCGCAGACGAUUUCACCCUUCUCAUCAGCGAUUGCUAUAACAGAAACCACAAGGACAUCAAAACUUCCCUCGACGCAGGACUUCUGAUGGGGCAACCAGACGGAAUCACAAUCAACGGCAGAGGACCCUACAGAACCGUCUUGGCUGUCCAACCCGGCAGCACCUACAGGCUUCGGAUCUCAAACGUGGGCACGCAAACAACCCUGAAUUUCAGAAUCCAAAACCAUCGGAUGCUUUUGGUAGAGACAGAGGGCUCGUACACUCUGCAGGACUACUACCAAACGUUGGACAUUCAUGUGGGACAGUCAUUCUCCGUCCUGGUCACCGCAGACCAGUCUGUACCCGCUUCCACUUCCUUCUACAUCGUAGCCUCCUCCCGUUUCAUAGACCCAGUGAAAACGGGCACAGCUCUUCUGCAGUACGGUGCAGCGAUCACCCCUUCUCCUCCCUCAGGCUCACCUCCUGACGGACCAGAUCCCCUGGACUAUGAUUACUCCCUUAAUCAGGCCCGGGCCAUAAGAUGGAAUUUGACAACAGGUGCAGCAAGGCCCAACCCGCAGGGAUCAUUCCACUACGGCGUCAUAAAUGUGACCAGAACAAUCCAGCUACAGAACACGGCACCCAUAAUCGGCGGGAAGCAGCGAUUUGCCGUCAAUGGCGUCUCAUUUGUUUAUGGUGACACUCCCCUGAAAUUGGCCGAUUACUUUCAGAUUAACAAUGUGUUCACUCUGGGUGGUGUUCCGGAUUCGCCAACAGGACAGGUUGCGCCAGGCUAUGGGACUCCCGUCAUUGACACUGUAAACAAAGCAUUUGUUCAUAUUGUGUUUCAGAACACAGAGACUACUCUUCAAACAUGGCAUGUGGAUGGUUACUCUUUCUUCAUCGUGGGGAUGGAUGCAGGCGCAUGGGACACCACCAAGCAAUCCACGUAUAACAUGAUUGAUGCAGUUUCCCGCUCAACAAUCCAGGUUUAUCCCAAGUCAUGGACGGCUAUAAUGAUGGAGUUGGACAAUGUGGGCAUGUGGAAUAUAAGGAGUGAGAAUUGUAUGAGGCGGUACUUGGGUCAAGAGGUGUAUAUGAGAGUAAGUAGUGAGGAUGCUUCUCAAAAUGAAGAUCCCAUGCCACCCAAUGUUAUGCUUUGUGGUAGAGCAAAUUCUGCUCAUUAACAUUGGUUUUAACAUUAAUUUCGAUUGGGAUAAAAGGUGCGUUGUGCCCUUAGUGAAGGGGGUUGCCAUUUUAUAAUAAUAGUUUACUUAGCCCAUUAUUUCAAAAAUUGCAAGAAAGCAAACUCUAAUUUAUGAUUAAUAAGAUUACUUUUUGAUA